AUGGCCCUUAAACGAGUUGUCGUAUUGGGUGCAGGUGUCUCGGGAUUAUCUACAGCCACUUUACUUUUACAACAGGAAAAAAAAUAUAAAGUUCAUUUAAUUGCCAAACAUUUUCCUGGCGAUCAAUCUUACGAAUAUACAAGCCCUUGGUCCGGUGCGUACUGGAGAAGCUAUGCUUUAAAGGACGACAUUAAACAGCAAGAAAUUGAUAAAGAAUCCUAUAAUCAUUUUCGGAAGCUUGCCGGAUCUCCUCAGAAUAAAACGGGAAUUAGAAUUAUCGACGGGUUUGACUAUUGGGAUCACAUAUCAGAAGAUUUUUCAGAGCCAUGGUUUAAGACAUUGUGUCCUGAGUUUCGAGAUUUGAAAAGAGAGGAAUUGCCUGACGGCAUCAAACUCGGAUUUACUUUUAAAACGGUUUCUUUUAAUCCGCAAACCUAUCUUAACCAUCUCCUGGACACCUUUACCUCAUUGGGAGGCACCACACAACAUGCUAGUGUGUCCCACAUAAAUGAAUGUAUAGAAAGCGAUACCGAUAUUAUAAUCAAUUGCACAGGAAUUCAUUCCAGAACAUUAGGUGGCGUAGAAGAUCCAAAUGUCUACGCUGUUAGAGGACAAACUGUAAUUGUGCAAUCGCCACACAUUAAUUAUGCCUUUUUAAGACAGCCCUGUGGACUUAAUGCCGAGAAAUUGGGUUCUGCCUCUGCGAAAGAAAUGACUUAUGCUAUAGCGCGUGAUGGUGGGGAAGUAGUUCUCGGUGGGACUUAUGAACAACAUAACUAUACAACAGAGAUUGAUCACGAAAUAUCCGAAGCGAUUAUCCAACGAUGUCUUACUCUUCGCCCUGAUCUAUUACCACCUGGUCAAUCCAAACUAACAAUCAAGGGGUAUGGGGUUGGACUUCGACCCUGUCGUGAAGGCGGUGCAAGGUUAGAUUGUGAAUGGAUAGCUUCCAAAAAAUUUGACAAGAAUGUUCUCUUAUGUCAUAACUAUGGUCACGGCGGAGCAGGCUUUCAAACGAGCUACGGAUCUGCAAAACAUAUCAUAAAACUUAUGGAAGACAAGCUAAAUGAAAAUGACAAAAAUUAA